GUACUUCGGUGGAGCCGUUGGGGCGCCUAGCAGCGUAAAUAAAUAACCCUAACUCCGUCCCGGGCCAAAUCCCUUUCAACUUCUGAGACUGCAUCAAACCAUGGAGCAAUCCGUCAAACAACCAGCAGAACCCAACUCCGACAUUGACGUCGUUGCUUCCAAUUCCGCCGUCGAAAUUCCGCCCGGAUCGGCGAUCGUCGUGGAUGUGGAAACCACCACUUCGACGAAGCAAAACAACGUGAAGAAGAAGAACAAGAAGAAGAAGACUAAAAGGAGGUCAGUGACUCCUGAACCCUCCGUCCCUCGUUCUCCAACGGCUUCAUCUUCAUCGGCUUGUUUCUGUGCGAGGUCGAUUGCUGGUUCGGACCAAAGAGGAUUUAGGGUCUUCAAUAGUCGCCGUAACCGUAGAGCCAUUCUUGGGUCCACAAGGGAUAAGGCUGACGUUGUUGAUGCACUCGCUCUUCCUCUUGGCAUGUCCAUUGCAGCUGUAUUUGCCCAGGUGUUGGAAACGAAAGAUGCAGCUAUAGAAAAUAUGUCUGUGGAUAAUCUCGCUAAGAUUUGUACUUCUGCUGUUCGGGUAUCUUUGGUUAAUGCUUUUGGGGAUCAUUUUGAGUCUUUUAUGAGGAACUUUGAUAAAUCACUUAGGAGUACCUUAAUGACUUUGACAUUAGUCAAAGAGUCUUCUAUGAAGAAUGGGCAACAAGAACCUCCAAGCAGGGUAACUUCUGUCCCUGAGGUGAAUUUGCAUUUUAAGGACAGAUUAGAAGACUCUGCAUGUGACUCUUCUGGGCUAGAGCAUCCAAAACCUUCGCGCGGAGGAUCUUCUAUCUUAGAGGUUAAUAUGCAUUUGCCCAGAUUAGAAGAUCCAGCAUGCCAUCCUGGUCUAAAUGAGAUUAACUUGGAGUCAACUUUACGGAGUAUUAGUUUGGAACAUAAUCUAGAUGAAAUAAAUGAAAAUAUGCUAGUGGAAUCAAUGAAUCAGCUUACCCUUCGCGAUGAUGAAGAAAUCCUUAAGCAGCUGUCAUGUGUAUCUUCCAACACUUAUAACUAUGCAAUUACUAAGUCCAGGCAGAACACCUUAGAAAAAGCUGUAUUAGAGCAGUCUAGAUCAAAUGAUCUCAAGACUGUUGAGAUUGGUCUAAUGAUUAAAAAUUUGCAAUUGCAAGAAAAAAAACUAGCUGUCAAUUCUCAAGCUAAUUUUUUGGAGAGAUGCAAACUAUCUUUGGGUUUCUCUAAGGUAUCCAUCAAAGCUGAGAAGUUUAAGACUGAAUUAGAGGAUGCAAGACAUGAUGAGCUGCUCAAAAUAUGUAUUGACUGUCUCGUUGCUGGUCUUUUCAUUAUGGUGGGAUGCCUUGGGUAUGGAACAUAUGUUUAUUCUCACGUAAGAAUUACUGAAGCUACUGCAGCCUGCAUACAUCCCACUGUAUCAAAGUCUUGGUGGAUGCCAAAGUCAAUGCAAUCCAUGAAUUCUGGACUGCAGACUCUGAAGUGCCAAGCUCAAGUUCUAUCCCGGAUGUUAUUUGGGGUACUAAUGAUCCUAGCAGUUGCUUACUUGCUCUUCCAGCGUUCAGCCACUUCACAUCAUACCAUGCCAGUUACAUUCAUACUGUUACUAUUAGGAGCAGGUUGUGGCCUUGCCGGAAAGCUUUGCAUCGAUACAUUGGGAGGCGAUGGGUAUCUGUGGCUAAAAUAUUGGGAGGCUAUAUGCUUAUUGCAUUUCUUUUCCAACUUCUUUAGAUCAACCUUGUCAGCAUUCCUCAAUGGGCCUGUCGCCUCACAAGGAAAUACCAAGAAUGGUGGCUGUACCACCACGACCAUCACCACUGCUCUUUUCCCAUAUUGGACGCGGAGAAUUGUGUUUUAUGUUACAAUGCUCCUUCUUCUUCCAGUGUUGUGCGGUUUAAUGCCUUUUGCCGGGCCUCGGGAAUGGAAAGAUCACUUUUCUUCACUGGUUGUGGACUCCCUUCUCUCCAGCAUAGACGACUAGUAAUGGAGCAAAUCGUGCGGCCGUUACUCUCAUGUUUAUUAUUAUUAUUAUUAUUAUUAUUAUUAUUAUUAUUAUCUGUGUGAUGUGCAUGUAAAUGCAGUGUUUGUAAAAUUGAGAUAAGCCUCUGCCUGCCCUGGCUUCGUUCAAUGGUCUUCCUGAUGAUGAUAGUGGUGCAUUUUCUGGCGUUUUGGAGCUAGCUGUGUUGUAAAUGUUAGUAUUCAUUUUGUAAAUCUGGGCGAGCAGAACAGUCCAUCCUAGAGUAAAUACUGCCACCCCGA